CGAAAGGAGUUGUUGACUUGUUUUCACUGACAUUAGGACAAUGAAAACAUGUUAUGAAUGUCUCGGUGUGUUGAGUUGUACGGUCCUUCUGAGUAUGACAUUACAAGGUUAUGGACUGUAUGCCGACACUUGGAUACGACUUGAUUCGUGUGAAUUUACUCGGAUACCGCUAUUCCACUGUUGGUGCGAGGACGGCAAAUUUAAUUCUACAGGAACUUACAAAAACAGUUCUUUAACUUGUUUGCCGUAUGGUGUGGAUCCAUACACGCUAUUUUGUGAUGCAUGUCAUGCUCUAAUUAGUGAACCGUUCAGCUACCUGGAAAGCUUUUCCAUACUAUGCAACAUGUUUGCUGUUUGCUGCAUUGCCAUCGGCAUAUGCAAGACUGCAUGUUCUUCUUCAGCUGACAUGGACAGUUAUACAGGAUUUGCAGCAUUGUUAUAUUUUGCAGCAGGUGUCCUUAACGUCGCUGCGUGUGUAGUAGUCAGGGAAAGGAUACAGUCUCUAUCUUUCACAUCUCUGGGUAUCUCCUAUUACCUGAAUAUUAUAUCCGGCUGCUACACAAUUAUACAGGUUGUGCUACUCGUGAUAGUAAAGACAUGCGGGGAAAAUAUCCGACCGCUGAAUCCCUCAGCAAGUAUAGAAAGGAAUACAUCCGCAUGUUUAGAACGAAUAACAUCGUCAGGUACAGAACAUAUUAGUCCUGAAUUUGAUGACAGCAGGUAUUCAUUUUCUGAACGAGGAGCCGUGGGUAGUCCUGCUGGUGUAUAAACAGUUUUUAGAAUCGUGGAUCUACCAAAGGAACCAAAGUAUGCUACAAUCAGAAGAGCUCAUGUCCAUAUUGAUGUGUAAAUAAAUAUUUUAAAAGUUAUUUAUAAGAGUAAAUUAAGUUUAAAUGUUGAAGCAAAUGUGUAUCGACUCCUAAAUAUUUGUGCAUAUAUUUAGUAAAUUGUAGUAUACUGUCUUGUAUAUAUUGUUAUCACAUAUUAAUGACAUAUUUGCUACCUGAAUUCAUCAAUAAGAAAACGCUGGUUAAAACGACAUCGCGAAGGCCAAAAUGGCGUCGCUUUACCAUAGCAUUAAAACCGCUUAAUGUACACGGUCUGAAAAUUGGCUUUAUUACUGCAGUAAUAUUCAAUCUGUAUAUAACCAAAUAGAUAUCAAUAUAGUUUAUCAGAUUAAAAGUGUGAUAAUUAACUAUGAAUACCCGUCUGUAAUUCUAUAAUCAUUAACGGUGGGAUAAGCUAUUACAGCCUUGCAUCCUAUCCUAUAAAUGUGUGUGUUAUCACACAAUAAACAAGGAUUAUCUUUUGCAGAUGCGUUAUUUUUCGGCAAUUACGUGUGUGUUAAUCUGUGAUUACAGCUACACUGAACUUAAAACACUUUCUCGGUAAUGUUUUAAAUAGAGAUUUGUCCACAUAUGAUUUACAAUAGGACGAAAUAUGAACACAAACGUCGAUGAAAACAUGGCAACAUUAGGACCAGAGAAGACAUCAGAACGAAAGGAAAGCACCAUUAACAUUGAAUAGGAUUGCACUGUAUAAUAACCCUGUAUUUGUGUCCUUUACCACAUUAGUCUACCCGUAACAGUAGAUAUGUUUUUGCAUGUUUAAGGAAGAUAAAGCACUGAAAACGCUAACAAUGAAAUAAUCAACAGAUAAGAUAAAUCUGUCCGAGUUAUACGUUGAUGUCAUCUAUCUUGCUAUAUAUAAUAUCAUACAACUUUUGCAUGAGAUAAAAUUCGUCUGGUUUACGUAAUUAAGAAAUAGUGACAAAAAUUAAAAGUGCUUAAAUAAGACUUACAGACUUCCUAGGAAAGUACUUAAUCCUGAUUUUUAGCAAAAUGGGUUGACAUAAUGACCUUACGUCUCUUUGUUGUGUUGAUAAGCUGCAAUGAUGUUGCACACAUGAGUAGUCUAUCUGUGAAUAUAUCAGCCAAAGGCGACAGACCAAGUUCAAAGAAAAUAUCCACAUCCUCCUCCCCGCCCCUUCUUAGUCAAAAACAACAUGCGAAAUCAACAAAGACAUAAAAAAUAAUUGAAGUACGAUUCAACCAAGUUUUGCCUCUGCCUUAAAUUCAUGAGUUUACAGUUUUGUUUAUUAUAACUCCACAGUGGAUGGUAUUACUCUUUCGCUUAUGUUUGAUACAUUUUAUAACAGCAUAGUUGACAAACUGUGUUCAGGGAAUUUAUCAUGACUCUCUGAAUAAAGUAUAAAAGACAUUUCGUAAUAAAAUAUGUACCACGUUUUUGUUAAGGAAAUCAAAAGCUGCUGUCUGUAUAAUAAAACAAGCAAGUUUAUCAAUUUUGUAGAGGGAUUCGAUUUAUUCUGUCGGUAUAACACACCUGCGGGUUGGGUAUCGGGAAAAGAAUACACCUGUUACCCACCUGCAAAAUUUGGGAUUUGCUUUGGGGACAGAAAACGAACACAAUAAAUCUG